CGUCCCAUCGCCCGCACACACUGUAGGAGCCGAGGCGAGUGAGGCUGUGCGAUGAACUGGGGGAUAAAAUCAGUUUAAUCAAUAGCAUGGUCUCCCGAGGACUUAGUCCCGAAAAGGCCUGAAACCCAGCCGGUGCCAGCGGCCGCUCUGAAGGCGAUGGGCUGGCACGCAGGUGAGAAUUUGGCUCGACAAGUCAGCGCUCGGUCCGCUCGCACAUGGGAUCCGACUGUAUCCGCAUUUUAGCAGUUUGAAGACACACUCCAGGCACCGAGACAUGUCAAGAGACACUAUGACCGCCGUGCGAGGAGCCCAUUCACACACUGCAAACCCCACAGCGCCCAAGGAGAACGGACACAACUCACCGAGUCCAGCUCAGCCCAGCAGCAACUUUGCCGAUCCUGCACCGGAGAACAUUUCUGCUGAUAAGCCGGUGUCCUCGACCAGCGAGCUGACCCACACCUGGGUUCAGUUCGCCAAAACCUUUGUGCUUAUCUUCCCCAUUUACGCACUGGGCUAUUUUGAAUUCAGCUUCAGCUGGCUGCUGAUAGGACUUGUUAUCUUUUUCUGGUGGAGGAGAAACACAGGGGGGAAGAGCAGCCGUCUGAGCAGAGCCUUGGCUUUCUUUGAGCAAGAGGAGAGAAGUGUCAAACAGAGUCUUACAACCUCUGAUCUGCCACCAUGGGUCCACUUUCCAGAUGUAGAGAGAGUGGAGUGGCUAAACAAGACGGUGAGACAGAUGUGGCCGUACAUCUGCCAGUUUGUGGAGAAACUGUUUCAUGAGACAAUUGAGCCGGCGGUGAAGGGGGCCAACGCCCACCUCAGCACCUUCUGCUUCAGCAAGAUUGACAUGGGAGACAAACCCCUGAGGGUCAACGGGGUCAAAGUUUACACUGAAAAUGUGGACAAGCGGCAGAUCAUCAUGGACCUGCAGAUUAGCUUUGUUGGGAAUACUGAAAUUGAUGUGGACAUCAAAAGAUACUACUGCAAAGCUGGCAUCAAGAGCAUCCAGCUCCAUGGAGUGUUGAGAGUGGUGAUGGAGCCACUGUUGGGUGACAUGCCCCUUAUUGGAGCCCUGUCUCUGUUCUUCCUCAAGAAACCACUGCUGGACAUCAACUGGACUGGCCUCAGCAACAUACUGGACAUUCCUGGGCUCAAUGGCUUCUCCGACAGUCUGAUUCAAGACAUUAUCUAUAGUUACCUGGUGUUACCCAACCGUAUCACCAUCCCGCUGGUGGGGGAUGUGGAACUGGCACGGCUACGCUUUCCCAUGCCAAAGGGUGUCCUGAGGAUUCACUUCCUCGAGGCCCAGGAUCUGGAAGGUAAGGAUAAAUUUCUAGGAGGGCUGAUCAAAGGCAAGUCAGACCCAUACGGUGUCCUGCAGAUCGGCAACCAGCUCUUCCAGAGCAAGACCAUCAAGGAGAGCCUCCACCCAAAGUGGAACGAAGUUUACGAGGCUCUGGUGUAUGAGCACUCGGGGCAGCACCUUGAGAUUGAGCUGUUUGAUGAGGACCCGGACAAAGAUGACUUCCUGGGGAGCCUCAUGAUUGAUAUGGCUGAGCUUCACAAAGAGCAGAAAGUGGAUGAGUGGUUUGACCUGGAAGAAGUGUCCACCGGGAAGCUCCACUUGAAACUGGAGUGGCUGUCGUUGCUGUCCACGCCUGAGAAGAUUGACCAGGUGCUGCGAAGCGUGCGCGCAGACAGAAGCCUGGCCAAUGACGGGCUUUCCUCUGCGCUGCUGGUCGUUUAUCUGGACUCAGCAAAGAACCUGCCAUCGGGCAAGAAGAGCAGCAGCGAGCCCAGUCCAUAUGUCCAGUUUACUGUCGGACAUAAAACUUUUGAGAGUAAGAUCCGGUUUAAGACCAGCGAGCCUUUGUGGGAAGAGGCUUUCUCAUUCCUCGUUCACAAUCCCAGGAGGCAGGAGCUUGAAUUGGAGGUGAAGGAUGACAAGCACAAAUGUACCCUGGGUAAUCUGGCGGUGCCUCUGAGCGGCCUGCUGGUAGAGGAGGACAUGACGCUGACUCAGAGCUUUUCCCUCAAGAACUCAGGGCCCAGCUCCACCAUAAAACUUAGGAUGGCCCUGAGGAUCAUGUGCCUAGAGAAGCAAGGCACAUCAGACCAGCCCUCCUCUGUCCAGGUCAGGAAGGCCAGCGUUGCCCAGCCCGUCUCCGCCCCGUCCCAGAAACGCUCCGUCUCAGAGUCCCCGCUGCCUCCGCCCACCCCUCCGCCGCCCAUAGACGCCUCCACCUUCACCCUGCAGCACCGGGACGGCGAGCCGUACUCGGCCAGCCCGAUCCGGAGCACCUCCAACCUGAGCACCUGCAUGUCCACGUCCCAGAAACACCUUCCCCACAACGAGUCCACGCCCAGCCUGGCCUCGGACAUCUCCCUGCCCUUCGCCACCCUGGAGCUUCAGCAACGGCUCCGCCAGCUGCAGAACGGCUCGGCCCCCAGCCAGUACCCCCUGGGUGAAAUUCAGCUGACUGUACGACACAGCUCCCAGAGGAAUAAACUCAUCGUGGUGGUGCACGCCUGCCGUAACUUGAUAGCCUUCACCAAAGACGGCUCAGAUCCCUUCAUCCGGCUCUACUUGCUGCCUGACAAGAGCAGAACGGGGAGGAGGAAGACGAGCACCAUGAAGAGGACCCUCAACCCUGUUUACGACCAGACGUUUGAGUUCAGUGUGUCUAUAGUGGAGCUCCACAGGAGGACUCUGGAUGUAGCAGUUAAAAACGGAGGAAGCAUCCUGUCCAAACACAAAGGGCUGCUGGGAAAGGUUCUGGUAGAUUUGAGCGGGGAGGAUAUAACAAAAGGAUGGACACAAUGGUAUGAUCUUACUGAAGACGGUUCACCAAAAAGUCUCCAUGCAUGAGAAAGACACGACACCCCAGCAUCAUCCGUCUGCUGUAAUAUAGUGAUCUUGCUCACCAGAGGGCACAUCGUUUUCUUUUGUUUCAUUCGUGUACAGUUCAUUUUUCAUAUAGUUUUUGAUAAAAACGUCGACAUGUUGAUAGUGGUUCAAGCAUUUUCUAUUAUUUCAGUAACGUUCCUGUGUCCACGAUCAGGAUGUAAUGUGUUUAAACGCAUUGACUGCCUCGUUUCUAUGUUGUCACUGUUUUCUGUAAAUAUGCAACAGCUUAUAUAUAGUUAUUACAGUUUGCAGGGGUUUUUAUGGCAUCGUUCUAUAUAUUAUAUUUCCUUAAAGGAAAUUAUAUCAAAAUUGUUAUUCUCCUCACUGCAAUUGUUAAGACCUUGUGACCUAUUCUGGAAUAAAACUCUUACCAAAGGGACACACGCAGCCACAACAGUAGAUUCAAGUAGCAGUCUUGACUAUCUGUUAUGUUUUUGUCAUGCAGUGUUAUUUGAUCUUUGUUUACCACUUCUUGUUAUUUUUUGCUUGCUUUCAAACAUGGAAUGCACAUUAUGCAAAGAUUCAAAUGAUUGCUCUGCAUAUAUCAAGGGGGCAUUGUGCAAUAUGGGAUGUUUUCUGAAUAUUGCCUCAGACGAUGAAGACCUGGGGACACUAGGGCUACGAACAAGUGCUGUAUAUUCUGGUAUGAUAUGAAAAUGCUACAGUUUGUUGGAUACUUGAAGAGUCUGAUUGUCAUUAUAACCAAAUGAAAAUGAAUGAACUGAAUAUGAGCAGAGACAUCGGUUAUUGCAUUUUCUGAGCAGUGUUGCCUGACUGUUUGUUUUGAUAAUAUGACACUACUGUGCCAUAGGCUUGUACCUGUUUUUUUUUCUUUUUUUUUUCUUUUUUUUCUUUUUUUUGCCAUGCAUUUUUAAUGGUUUUGUUUGUUGGAACUUUCAGAAACUCAUGUCUGCUUUUCUUGUUAUCUAUCCUGUGCCUUAAAAACACUCACUAUGUAAUUUUUGGCAUCUUAAAGUUGUAAUUUUGAAUGAUAUGAAGCCUCAUGGCUUUUCAAGAAUAAAUGGAUUCUAUAGUGAACAUGCCCA